UCGGCGGAGGGAUAGCAGAAGCUUCAGGACAGUGAGAGCUCAGCAGCGAGAGAGAAGGGGUAUACGUUGCUGCAGAUAGAGUAGAGGACGUGGAAAUAUUUCGUUAUACGCAUUUGCGACGAAAGCAAAUGUAAACUUUGGGAUAAUACAGCUAGACGUUUGAGCUGCCAUCACUUUACGACUUGGUGUUCAACAGUGGAAUAUAAAAAUGUCGUCUCCAAGUCCGGGUAAAAGGCGAAUGGAUACUGACGUGGUGAAACUCAUCGAGAGCAAGCACGAAGUCACAAUCCUCAGUGGACUCAAUGAAUUUGUAGUGAAGUUUUAUGGACAACAAGGAACAGCGUACGAGGGGGGCGUAUGGAAGGUGCGAGUAGAUCUACCGGACAAAUACCCUUUCAAAUCCCCAUCAAUAGGAUUCAUGAAUAAAAUCUUCCAUCCCAACAUCGAUGAAGCGUCAGGAACAGUGUGUUUAGAUGUCAUCAACCAGACGUGGACAGCCCUUUACGAUCUCACCAAUAUCUUUGAGUCGUUCCUGCCUCAGCUGCUGGCUUACCCCAACCCCAUCGACCCGCUGAACGGAGACGCGGCCGCCAUGUACCUCCACCGACCAGAGGAGUACAAACAGAAAAUCAAAGAGUACAUCCAGAAAUAUGCAACAGAGGAGGCUCUCAAGGAGCAGGAGGAGGGCCAGGGCGAUUCCUCAUCGGAAAGCUCCAUGUCGGAUUUCUCUGAAGACGAAGCCCAGGAUAUGGAGUUGUAGUGAUGGGAGACAACUCCCCUUUAAAACCACAGACUGUAUGAUUUCCUAACCAUGAGAAAGCAGACAUCAUAUUCAUAUAAGUUGAUUUUUUUAUUUUAUUUUAUUAUUAUUAUUAUUAUUGCUAAAACAAGGAUUUUUGUGGAUAUCAAGCCUCGGCGUAUAUCACACACCACCUGCUUUGUGUUUUUGCCAUGUCCCAGUCGCGUUCUCCUCCUUCAAUCCCUGUAAAGGUGUGUUGGACUUAGCAGUCCCCACAUUCCACCGGUAGUUGGAAUGUCCCCUUUGACCCGGUGACCUUCGGCCUUACCCUCACUGCACCAACAACCGGACAAAAUGGAGACUAGCUCUAUGGGCUGGGCUGAAUAAGAGGUGGGAGGUGGGCACCGGGGGAUUUCCCUUCUCUUUAUCUCAUGAAUGUGUUGAAGAAGAGGAACUAGAGAGUUAGGUCAUGUUCAUGGUCAUGGCAAUUAUGGUCCAUGUCUUCAGCCGAAUUCGUACCUGUCUGGAUUAGAUUUGAAUUGGAUACAUCACCCUGCUGGCGUUGGCUGUCGACUUGUCCUGCUAGACAGCUGAAUUCGUACCUGUCUGGAUUAGAUUUGAAUUGGAUACAUCACCCUGCUGGCGUUGGCUGUCGACUUGUCCUCCUAGACAGAUGAUUGGGUAUUUUAAAGUAAUAUGAAAGAGGGGAAUUGCAGCUUCAAUAUCUAUUUUCUUUCACCAAUGUUGUUUUUCUGGUGUUCAUUUGUCAUUUGUGCUUUUCAUUUGGCUGGGGUUAGGAGCUGCCUAUGGUGUGUGUGUGCAGCACCUAGCUUGUACAGUGAUACUUCACCUUUCUCAUUAGAGCCUUAUGAACCCAGCCAGCGCGUCAGUCAAAGCGCUGACAUCGCUCUGAGCCUGUCCGAGCUGGUGUGGCUGUCGGAAUACCUGUACCCCUUUAGAAAAGUACGUCACUUCCUGGAACGCCAUAGGUAUUAUGUAUCCACUGAAGUUUGUUAGGGGUGAAUACUGCCCAGAAGGAGGGAUUGAACGCUGAUGUGUUGGAAAGUGAGGUAGAAGUGGCCGACCUCACCGGCUACAGCACAGACACCCAACAGAUCCUCCUCUGAUCUGUUUUUGUAAAAUAAAAUAAAAGUUAAAGGAACGUAGAAAAAAAUCACAAGAAGCAUUUUUGUAUAAAAAAAAUAAAAGCACAAGGUUUUAUUUCCUACAAACUCCUCCCUCCUAGAUGAUUUGGACCUUGUUUAUUUUGGUGGCAAAGACAGGAUUUUUUUUUGGGGGGGGGGACAUCAUUCUGUACAGUUUGGGCAUGAUCCAGAAGUGAUGUUGUGUUGGUCUGUAUUGCGCUAGGCUAGUAUAGGGCUCAACUAAAGUAGUACUGCUUGUGUGGCUACUGUCUGAAGUAUUGAGUUGCGUUGUGUACAAGGCUUAGUGAUUUACCUGGGUUACCCUUCACUCUUAGAUGGGGGGAAAAUGCAGGGGGGGAUAUCUGCAGGUCUUUUUUUGGCUAACAUUGUUGAAAUGACCAACUUUGCCUUUUGCUCGCGCUAAACUAUGAUAUGUGUUUUUGACUUGAUGUAGCGAUAGUUAGUUUACUGGGCGGUGUCUUCAACUAAAGACAUGUAUGGGUCUGAUAACUAAAACAACAAUAGCUGAUUUUAAGUUUGAAGGUAAUGUCCAUUGUAGGGUUUACAUCAGAUAUAACGUGGAUCUAUACCUGCUGGUCCCCUUCAGAGAUGUACAGAUCAACGUGAGAGUGAUUCCAGACAAUGGCAAUGAAUUGACUGGUGGAGAAACUAGACUGAAUGUAUGAUAGUCUGUGCAAAACAAAAGCAUUGGGCCCGAUGAAAGUAUCAGACAAUGUGCAGUGUGAUCAAGGCCACAUUGGGAUAGAGCUUGGAUGGGAGACCAUGUUUUUCCUUGUUUUUAAUUUCAGUGUUCCCUAAAAGCUUGACUGUUCAAGGCUCCUGGAUAAAGAUGGUCAACUAUGGAUUGGGUUCCAAUCCAUUGCCUGGUGUAAGACAGGAAAGUGGGUUUGGGGUUCCCAUGUUUCCUCACAGGCCAAAUGGAGCCUGCAAAAACAGAAUGAUGUCACAAGGAUACGCAGCAGAGUACUUUGCAAUUUGGCUUCUGCCGUUUCCUGAGCUGCCUAUAUUUAUUCACUCUAUAUUGAAACCUUCGCUUUCCUUUCUCGUUUUUAAUCUAAUCAUUUACAGGCACCGCUGUUAAAACAAAGGUGUAUGUACUUAGGCUUCAGCCAAAUUGUGUCAUGCUGAAGAGAAUUAGAACUUGAACUUUCUUUCUGUUUUAAGUAUUCAGUUUGGAUUUAAUGAUUCUGUUUUUUCCACAUUUAUGCAGUAUUGUACUAAAGUGAAAAAGACAGAGAAAUAAAUCCCAUCAGAAUAAGUGGAGAAGGGCAAUGGAGGCCAUUUUGUGUUUGGACACUUGCAUAGGGGAGAAUGUGAUAUUUCGGUAUUUUUAAAGAGUGUUGUCCUUGUUAUAACUAUGUUGUUUUAUUUUCAAGCAGAAGUGUCAAUGUUCCCACAAACAGGGUGAUCCAAAGACGACAUGUACUCAGCUGUGGUCUGUUGCUAUGGGAAACAGUUUUGUUUUCUUUCACUCUUUUUUUUUUAUUCCCCCCAAACUAAUUCAGUGAUGAGGACUAUUUAUAACCUUUGUUUUUCUGCUUGUUUUUAAUUCCCAAGUCGAGGACUCAAUGACACUUACAGUCCAAAAAUCUCCAAUAAACAUGAGUGUGCUUCCGUUGCAACUUUGAUUCAACAUUAUUUUUCAAAAGAUUGUGAAAGUUUUACUGCUUGAUUAGAUUUUUAGCCCCUCGCUCUUUUAAAUACAUUAGACCAUAGGUGUACCAAUGAGAUCUAAUUUCCCCUGACACACUAUAAACACUGACCCAAUGUGAGAUCUAAUUUCCCCUAACACACUAUCAACACUGACCCAAUGUGAGAUUUAAUUCCCCCCCAACACACUAUCAACACUGACCCAAUGUGAGAUCUAAUUCCCCCCCAACACACUAUCAACACUGACCCAAUGUGAGAUCUAAUUCCCCCCCAACACACUAUCAGCACUGACCCAAUGUGAGAUCUAAUUCCCCCCCAACACACUAUCAACACUGACCCAAUGUGAGAUCUAAUUCCCCCCCAACACACUAUCAGCACUGACCCAAUGUGAGAUCUAAUUCCCCCCCAACACACUAUCAACACUGACCCAAUGUGAGAUCUAAUUCCCCCCAACACACUAUCAGCACUGACCCAAUGUGAGAUCUAAUUCCCCCCCAACACACUAUCAGCACUGACCCAAUGUGAGAUCUAAUUCCCCCCCAACACACUAUCAACACUGACCCAAUGUGAGAUCUAAUUUCCCCCAACACACUAUCAGCACUGACCCAAUGUGAGAUCUAAUUCCCCCCCAACACACUAUCAACACUGACCCAAUGUGAGAUCUAAUUCCCCCCAACACACUAUCAACACUGUCCAAGUCAACCUGUUCCAAGUAAUAUCGAGGUGGGAGGGGGCCAAACCACAUAGUGGUACAUAGCCCCACACACACACAGCCCCACACACACACACACCCAAUCUCACUUUGUGCGUAGUGAAGUCAUUACUGAGGGACUCAGCUGGUGGCUUCUGUCCAGACUAUUACAUUAGAGGGGAAAGUAGAGGCCUGGCUUCCAUCUGAUCAACCAUCGGCUCCCCCCCUAGUCCUGUUUCGUGGCGUCACCCCUGACCCCUGUGUUGACUGUACUGUACCUCUCCCAUGCACUUGUCUUGCAUGCACCUGGUGUGGAGGGGCUCGAUUCAUCAUGUGCACCUCACGUUCUGUCUUUGUGCUUCUCCAGAGUGGAAUGCACCACACCCAGACACAGUCCUAUUGCUUUCACUACAGGGGACAUUGGACACACGGCAUGGAAAAUGUCUUAACAAAAAAACAUUGUAGGAACUGUAUUUGGUACCUGUCUACUACUUGAAAGUCGAGGGUGUUUUUUAAUUUUUUAUCUGUCCUUGGUCUUAUGUGAAUUUCAGUCCUCUUCCUCCCUCCCUCCCUCAUCCCCUCUCUUCUACAUUUUCUCCUCUCGUUUACUCUGCAUUGUGAAGUGGGCAUGCUUGUCACAAGACAGACGCUCUCUGUCAGAGGAGGCUGCUGGGAGGAGCUUAAGGAGGAUGGGCUCAUUGUAAUGGCUGGAAGGGAAUCAAUGGAACGGUAUCAAACAUAUGGAAACCACAACUUUGUUCCAUUUAUACCAUUCCAGCCAUUACAAUGAGCCCAACCUCCUAUAUCUCCUCCCGGCAGCCUCCACUGCUCUCUAUCUACAGGAUUAUAACCUCAUAAAUAGUUGUGUAUAAAUACUCUGUAAGUUCUUUUUUUUAAUAAAACAUUAACUGUA